AUGACUGAAAAGUCUUUGGAAGAUGCUUUAGAGUCACUUCAAAUUGAGCGUGAUCAGAGGCAUAAUCUUCGGAAAGAACUAGACAGCCGGAUUAUAUCCGAUUCCAUAAGUCACCUUAGUGACUUACGGAAUCUCAGCGGUUUGGGUCAUAUUAACAGGCUUGGCCAACUUCCUGAGAACAGUUCAGAAUGCCAGAAACCAGAUGCCAACCUCUCCAACAUGGAUCUUUCUACGAGUGAUGGAAAGUCCCAAGAAGGAAAAGUCGAUACCAAGCAUCCUUCACCCGAUGAUUUGCUAACCGAAUUAAGAACCACAGAAAUAGCUAAAUAUCAAACAGAACUAGCUCACAUAGAGGCUGAAAAGAAUGAGCUAACUAGAACUCUUGAAAUCACACAACGAUCGCUUGAAUUGGCUACAAGUGAGGUUUCAAAUAAACAAGAGCGUAUCAAUGGUCUAUUGGCUCAAUUGGAUACAAUUAUGUCUGUUAAAUCAGAAGCAGAUUCUGAGUUCGAAACCAAGGAGAUGGAAUUAGAAGUACAAGCAACAACUAUAAACAGUAAAAAUGCCAUGACUGAAUCUUGUAUUUCAGUGACGUCUCAUGUAGAUGAAAAUGAAGAUCCGAAUGGUACUUCGCACAGUGACUUGAAACGUUUACGUAAAGCUCUACGGUUAAAUGAGAAUCGGUAUUCGGUAGCUUUACGUCAAAUAGCCAGUAUGAAACAUGACCUAUGGCGAUAUCAUGAGCGAGAGAAACUGGAUUCUCGACCUGAAUUAGCUUCAGAGGAAGGUUUGAAACAAGAACUUGUUCAAUUACAUGGAAUUUUAGAACAACGAGGCGAAGAAAUAAAAGUAUUACAACAAAAAUUGUCUACUAGUGAACAGAUUUCUUGUACAAAUUAUAGCAAAGUAUGUUCUAUCACCGAAACUUACAAGCAAUGUUUAAUUGUUCUCAUUGGGAUAUACGGUUUCGUAUGCUCAGUCAUCAAGGUUUCACCACACAAACAGGUAGCUUAUGUGGCAGAUCGUUUCAGUAUUCCACUUCAAGUUGAUAAAGAUUCUUCAGACAAUUCAGUUGGAUCUGAUCUAGUUACAACAGAUGAAACUACUGAUGAACAAGUAGUACAAGAUUCUUCAAAUAAAUCAUCGAAAAUUACACCUGGAUCUGACUUUGAAGCGUUAUCCGAAGAAGCUGAUUUACAUCUUACAGUUGUCACUCAACUGCGUCAUUUAGUUAACACAUUCAAUGAAAAAUAUUCUCAGAUAUCAAAUCAGGUUCCUGGACGUAGUACUUUAGAUAUUGAAGAGACACAACAACAGAAUUUACGCCUUAAAAGUUUAUUGGAAACAAAACGUGAACAAGUUCAUGCAUUACGUAAUAUGUUAAGAGCGAAUAAAACAACAGCUGAAACAGCAUUAGCUAAUUUAAAACAAAAAUAUGAAAAAGAGAAAAUUAAUGUUACAUCAACAAUGCAACAAUUACGUAAUGAAUUAAAAACGCUUAAAGAAGAUGCUGCAAUCUAUGCAUCUCUACGUGCUGUAUUUGCUCAACGUUAUGAUGAAUAUAUGACACAAUUGGAUGAAAUGCAACGGAAACUUAGUGUGGCUGAAGAAGAAAAACGAACUGUUAACACUCUGUUACGUUUAGCUAUUCAACAAAAGUUAGCUCUUACUCAACGUUUAGAAGAAUUAGAAGUAGAUCUUUAUCAAAAGCAAAGUUUUGAUCUUCGUUCUGCUCCACCUCAUACCGUUUAUCAUACUAGUCCAAUUCAACCAUUAUCUAAUUCACUUUUAUCUGGUCCAAAUCAUCAACAUUCAUAUCCUUCACCUAUUCAUAAUCAAAGACAUUCAACUCCACAAAAUUUCCCUCAAAUUGAUUCAUCAAUGCCUAGAUCAUCUACACUACCUGUAACUUCUUAUUAUCCCGGUGCAAGUCCACAACAUGGAAGUAUAUCAUCUAAUGGAAGUGGUGGAAGAAUUUCAGGUUCAGGAUCUGAUAGAAAUAAGAGAAAUAGUCGUUGCAGACGUGAUGGUGUUACUUGA